ACAACAAUCUCACCACCAUCGCACAAAACUCAAAGCCAAAUUCAUUUAACUGUCUUACAAUUAACAUGGCAUCAGAUGACUGAGAAGCAGUUAGGCCAAGCGUUAACAUCCCAAGAUGCACAUCUCACUUUGAACCAAAGCAAAGCUGUUCGAUUCUGGGUCACCCUCCGAGCCCCGAACUUCACCUUCCUGACUUCUUCUGCACACCAUCAGCCUGGUCAUCUCUCUCUCGCCAUGCCCAUCGGUGCCUUUAUUUACAUGCCAGAUUCAUGGAUUAAAUCCAUUUUGAUUGCCGUCAUCCAAUUUUCAGAUGAUUACUUCUUCUUCUUCUUCUUCGCGAUGACUUCUCGUUCCUUCUUUACAUCCGACUGGUCCUGCACUUCUGGAAAUAUUGCAGUUUCAGUUCCGUCGACCGGAGAAGAUAGAAUAAUGGUGGCCACCGGCCGGAGCAGGCCGCCACGCUCUCCGCCGUCGUCGCUCUUGAUAACAAUGGCGAUGAGGAUGUCCCGAGCGAGAUGGUUCUUCUUCCUGAGGAGAGUGUUCCAUUACCAAAACGGGUCGAGGUCGGAUCUCGGGUCCAACCCACUGAACACCAUUUCCUGGAUGGUGCUGGAGUACAUCGCCUUGGUCGUUCAGAUCAUCAUCACGACAUACACUCUCGCCGUCUCCCGGUCGGAGCGGCUGGUCUGGCCCAUGAGAAUGUGGGCUUUCGGGUACGAUCUGGGCUGCGUCCUCAACCUCCUGAUGCUCUACUGGCGUUACUGGGUCGUCCACCGGGCCCAACCCGACGAAGAUUCCGGGACACCGCCUUUGAUGAACAGAUGCCGGACGGGUCUGGACCUGUUCUUCGCGAUCUGGUUCGUGAUGGGCAACGUCUGGGUGUUCGAUUCUCGCUUCGGGUCUUUCCGGCAGGCUCCGAAGCUUCAUGUCUUGUGCAUUUCGCUGUUGGCCUGGAAUGCAGUGGCCUAUUCUUUCCCGUUCCUGCUGUUCGUGUUGCUGUGUUGCUGCGUGCCGGUCGUGAGCAUCGUCGCCGGAUACAAUAUCAACGUCGGAGGUUCAGAUCGAGGGGCUUCCGAGGAUCAAAUCUCAGGUCUACCCAGUUGGAGAUAUAAGGAUUCGGAUGAUAGUUUGGAGCUCGGAAAAUCAGUCAAGAACAAUGAAAAUCCGGAAUGUUGUAUUUGUCUAUGCAAAUUCAAAGAGAAAGAAGAGAUAAGGCAGCUUCCUUGUUGCCAUAUAUUUCAUCUAAAGUGUGUGGAUCAAUGGCUUAGGAUUAUAUCUUCUUGUCCCCUUUGUAAACAAGAAAUAAAUAGGUAACUAACUCUAAAUGCAUUUACCACACAAAAAUUAUCAAACUUUUGUAUGUAUUUCCUUACUCUACAUUCAUUUCAAAUGUUUAAAGUGUAAAGAUUAAUUUUAAUUCACUUAAUUCAUAGUUUAUAUAACAUUUUUGGGUUGACAUGUGUUGAGUUCAUGUAUUAAUAAUGUUUUGAUGAUGAUGUUGAUGAUCAAGUAUUAAUGCAAAAUUUUAAUUUUAUAUCAAAU